UUUCCGCCCCGGUUAUUGGGGGGGGGGGUAAUGUGUUUCGGGAUGUGGCGGCCGCAGUCCCGGUCGGGUGGUACCGACAGGCGGCGUCGCGGCGGCGGGGGGCAGGCAGCGAGCUCAGAUGGUCAGGAGCGGUUAAUGCCUGCAGGCUCUCUUCAUAAAAAGAAACUGGCAAAAAGACCUGGAUACAUGAGGCCAGAAGCUCAGCGACAGAUAGAGUUUCAGUCCCUGGGUGCCUGCAAGCUGUUCAACCUAGAAGAGCUCAAACAUGGCAGGAAGUAUUGUGGAGACUUUGAGAACUGCUCUCUGUGCAGACAAUACAAAAAUAACUGUGAAUUCUUACGCUGCAGUUCAGUUGUAAAUAGUCCUGUAGUUCCCGCUAAUGGGGUAACAAUGUUGGCUGCUGCUGGAAAUAUGCCAGAGAGCUGUAAAAAUCUUUUGUGUUACAAGAGUCCAGAAAACACGGUGAUACCGGUUUACCCUGCUGCACCAACAAGCAAAGGAGAAGUUUCUGCUGUAUGCUGUACGCGGCAGAAGAGCCACGGCGCUAAAGUGAGCGAGCCCCAAAACAUGUAUGCUUUGGAUCAGACAGAAGUGAAUAACAACUGUGAAUAUCAAAACAGAGAUGUUGUUUCUUGUUCUGUUGGUGCACACGAUAGCUUUAGUUCAAAUUUCAGCUUCAUACAGCUCUCCCUGAGCUCGUCCUCUGGAGUAAGUGAUGCUGAAGGCAAGUCAACUGUCGAGGAAGCUGAGCGCGUUCUGCGUCCCAGCACCAUAGGAAAUCUGCAGAAGCCAGAGGAGACAGCGCAGACUUGUGAGUACUCAGGAGCUUUGCACUGCAUCUCCAGGCCCAGAGAGGAUUUGGAGUAUGAAAAUGAGACCACAGCGAAUGAUAAACUACAGGACUGUGAGACUGUCUCUCUCGCAGAUACAGAUGCAACGUUUUCAUAUUCUACAGAUUCCUCGGAUGCAGCAUCCGCCGGCUCUUCUGUCACCUCAGGCUAUGAAAGUAGCUUUACUAUUAGUGACCGUAACUGGGAUACUUUGAUGAAAAAAUAUGAACCAGUGCUACAGGACUGCCUGCUCGGCAACUGCAGUACAUUAAAGAUAAAAUCCUUGGUCUUACGGCUUCAGAGGCUUCAGGAAAAAGCAAUAGAGGAAGAUGACUACGAUAGAGCUGAUAAAUUUAGACGGAAACUGGAAGAACUGGAGAAAGAGAAAAAUUCUUUAAAAUUUCAGCUUCCUUCAAGGCAUCCUUCAAUUAGCAGUUUUUUGGACAGGUUCGUUACACAAGUUCAAGCAGCAUUGCGCUGGGCUGCCGAUCAUCGGGUUAGACAUGAAGAAACCCAGCUUUGGCACGAAAACGAACAUAAACUUUGGAGAUCCACUUACCAGGAGAGGACACAGGUUUCGGCCACAAAACGAAACCAACUUUUUCAAGAAAAGAAAUGGUUACAGAAAGAAAUUGAAGACCUCCGAGCAAGACUGACUGUAUUAGAAGCAAAAGAUCAACAGCUAAGAAGAGAAAUUGAAGAACAAGAUAGGCUUAUUCAGUCACAGGACUGUGAACUCACUGCUUUACUUGGCUGUGUUUCUUUGAAAGAACUACAGGAAAUAAGCAAGGCUGUGGAUGAUAUUUUAGCAUUCUCCUAUCAAAUUCCAUUCAGUCUGGAUCUUCCAGGGACAGUAAAGAGCCUUCAGGAAAAAGAACAAUCAUUCAGCAUGACCAUUAAAGAAACUACUGCCAAAGUUUGCACGAGUCAGAAACUCUGCAGUACUUUGAGGAGGAAAGUGAGUGAUAUUGAGACUCAACUACCAGCUCUACUGGAAGCCAAAAUGCUGGCUGUUUCAGGAAGUAAUUUCAGUACUGCGAAGGAUCUUACAGAGGAAAUAAGAUCACUAACAUCUGAGAAGGAGGGGCUGGAAGGACUUCUCAAUGAACUGUUGGUUGUGAGUGCCAGAAAUGUCCGAAAAUUAGAGAGAAUUAAAGAUGAUUACACCAGGCUGAAACAAGAACUUGAACAAGGAGAGGCUGCCUUUGUGGCUAGUGUAAAAGAAAAUGCUGAAAAGUACAUGGAGAUGCUGGAGGAUAAACUGCAUAGCUGCGGGAGCCAGCUGCUCCAAAGAGUGUGGGAAGCUGACUUGGAGGCCUGUCAGCUGUUGAUCCGAGGGUUUCAACUGAAAGAAACCAGUUGCUGUGGUUUUGAGGAAGAGGAGAACCAAAUGGAUGAGAUGGAGAUGACUGCUGAUGGCCCAUCCGAUUCUGAAAAAAGAAAAGAAAGUCACUUUUCAAAGGGCACAGAGCGGGGCACUGUUCCCUGCCCCAAACACAGUGAGCUAAAAGAGGUUAUGGAAGACAUUUCAUUUGGAGCAGAGGGUCAUUUAUCUGAGAAAUGAUUUAAGAGAUGCCCUGGCCUGAUGUUCUGGAGUUUCAAGUGCUCGCAAUUUCCAUUAACUUCUGCCAGGGGUGAGGGUAAGCAUGCAGCACUUCUGCCAACAAUAAGUCACUGUUCUAAACCUUGUACCAUAACAUGAAGUAUCUGCCUGCAUGGGAAAAUUUUCGUAGUCAUUAUUUAUGUUAUUUUGAAUGAUUUUAACUAUUAUAGGAGAGAAAGGAUUUAGUACAGGUGAAAGAAAUCUGGGUUUGAUAUUCUGCAGAGAAGGUCUUCUAAGGCUUUUUUCUUAUUGGGGUUAUGAUAUUGCUAGUUGGAAAUAAGGCAAUGCCUUUUUACGAAGGUUCCUCUGUAGGAAGAAUUAAUUUUAAGGAUAUAUCUGGGAAUCCUGCUUCUCAGCACAACCACCAAAGGCUCUAAUAGAACUCUUAAUCCUUAAUAGAGUUAGAUUAAUCUAGCUACCACAAUACUGAUUCUUCUAUAUAAAAUUGCUGAACCAGAUCCAAGAGCGCAUUGGAAGGUGUUUGCACUGGAAAAGCUGAUCAAACAUUUUCCUUGAGUAAUGCUGUUGAGGAGCUGGUGCUUAUAGGUGACUAAAAUGACUUGUAAAAGGGUAAAAUGAAAUGCAGAAGACUGAAGUGGAAGCCGUUCCCUCGGCUCUUAAUUCAAUAUGCUGAUGCUCCAGCUGUGCAUCUGCUGGAACAUUGUCUGUUCUUCCUGUUUCUUUCAUCAGACUCUCGCAUCUCUGGGAGAGAAUGAGAAUUUCUGCUUUGCAUGAGAAGCCAAAAGAAUUUCACCUUAAAAAAACAAAUCACACCCACAUUUGUGCUGUUUUCACCUGCUUAAGGAUUUGGGGGUGGGGGGGCAGAAUAAAUCCCAGCCAGCUACAUCCCCUGUUCAUAGAAAAAUCCAUAAAGCAAUAUUGCAUCUCAGCUCUUUCCUGAUUCCUGCAAUUUCUCCUAGCUGCUUCCUAAAAGUGCUGUUAGUGCAAAAAUAACCAAAGGAGUCUUAAGACUUACAGUAGCUUGUAGCAUUGACAUAACCUACAAGCUUGGAUGAGUUGUAUUUUAUUAAUAUGUUGAGCUGGAGGCAGAGUCCACUCUCCUCUCAGAGAUAUUGUUGAUCAGUGUAAAGUGCCGCUUUCCAACCGGGAGCUGUUCUGAAGAGUUUGUGUGGAACUGACAGCAGUUUCCCUGCCUACAUAGACAAAUGUCAAAUAAAAAUGUUACCAGUGACGUUACUAGGCAUGAAAGGCACUAAGAGAAAUCUUUCCGAUCUACUUCUCUGGGCUAUCAAACUUCUUUGAAAAGAGGGCCUGGAGGCAGAAGCUGUGGAAUUGGUUGAAUAUUUGGAAUUAUUCUUGUAUAUCUUUGAGAGCAGUAUACUUUUUUUCCCAUUUCAUUUAUAACUCCUCUUGACGCUAAACUAGAGUUCUCUGUGUGACCACAUCUUUCCAAUCCAAAAUAAGAAAGACCAUAUAUACAUGUUCUGGAAAAUCAUAAUUUAUGUGAUGACCCUCCUGCAUUUUUCAUGUGAUGCCUGCAAGUAUGUUUCUGAGAAAUGAUGCUUGUCUAAACUAUGGAGGAACUUCUCAUUUCAACUAAAAAGACAGCUGUGUCCUAUAAGUGCAAAAAUAGUUUAUCUGCACACUAUUAUUGCUGUAUUAAAGAGGAAUUAAGCUGUGAAAUACCUGUUAGGAGUUUAUGAUUAAUAGGCUGUAACCCCUACCUUUAUGGAGAUGUUUCAGUUACACUGCAGUGCAACCAUAAUCAUAACCAUACAGUUAUGAUUAAAUGGGUUUCAAGUGUUUAAAGACCUAAACAAGUUUGAUCUGAUUUUUAUUUAACUCAGAUUUCCCUGCCUUCCCAUAUUGUUGUAACAGUUCUCCAUUGAGCAUAUUUCCCUAGUACUUAUUAUUAAUUUAUCUUCAUUUCCAAGAUAAACAGGAUUUUUCUUACAUUAUUAGACAAUCCGUUAUGUGCUCAGAAUGUGAUCAUUCAGGAAGAAUACAGUGUAUUUUUUUCACAUGAGAUAAAAUGGAUGUUUUACUUUGAGAGAAUCUAAGUAUUCAGUUGACAAAGGAAUGAAAGCUAGUGAGUUAAAAACGAUAGUCUCUUAUUUCUAAUGAUGUUUAGUGCAAGACCAAUGCACCAGUAAAGUCCUUGCCUGGAACUGCAGCGGGGUAGCCAAAGCUUAGAACCCCAAAAUACAGAUUAGUACUGAUGCAAAGCACCGUGAGAGGCCUUUGCUACAGAACGAGUGUUCGCCUUAAGUCCUAGGGUCUUGGGGGCUUGUUCUCUGGGUUUUCAGGAUCUGUGCCCAUUAGAGCGAGGCCACACUUGCAACCUGGAGCCUCUUUUGCCAACCAGGUACCUAAACGCUGUCUCCAGCAUCUUUCAAACCACCUGAAGUUCUGCGAGGGGGUAGGGCUCAAAGGCCCAUUUUGCCCUGUACAUUCACUGACGUGGUGAACAGGGAAAAACAUUUUGCUGUGGAUCUUCACAGCAGGGCUAGACAAAUCCAGCCAGUGUGCUCAUCAUCGACAUUAGCUGCCCAGUGAACUCCUUGUAUUUGCACAUAGGAGAGAGGAGGUGUGAGGGCAGUUCUAAAGUGGAGGAAAUUGAUCUUUUCUUGCAGCAACUAAUGAUAGUGCUAAUUGGGUGACCGAUUAUCUGGAUAAAUGUUCCUGCCAUCAAUAGCAACCUAAAAGAGAAAGGGAUACCCUACUGUAAUGCAUGUCUUUAUAAUGCUUUUUAUAUUUAAAUAUACUUAAUGGCACAGGUAUUCAGGAGUCUACUGUAACAUGUACUUUUUUCUGUUUGCUGUCUGUAGUAACUGAUGGUUUCAAAACAGGACUAGAAGUGUCAUCCUUCUUGACAGCAUGAAUGUGAUUCAAAAUCUUCUCUAGUCAUGGUUCUUGAUAGAAGCAGUGACUGGAUCAGACUAAAGUAUUGAAUAUAUUGAUGUUAUAAGAGCAAGAAUCUGCUUUUUGUGUGUCGCUAUAGGAUACCCAUUCUUCAGGAUCUGUACGGGACUAAUUCAUUUUGUCAAGUAGACAGGCUGUAGAAAGAGUCUGGUUUGGAAACUUCACUUACAGCUUUUGUCAGAGCAAUACUCGGGAGUUUGUGCACUAAUUAAAAGCUGUUCUUUCCAAAUUAACUGUUCAAUGAUUAUAUAGCACUGAAUGUUUUUUGUCUUGUUUUUCUUGUAUUUGAGAUGAUGUUUAUGUGAAGACCUGAUUUUCUUAAGUGUAAUUAACUGUUUGAGAAAAAUCAGUGUUCAGAGGUGGAGCUUUCUCUAGAUGGUCCUCAUUUUAGAUGUACUUUCAGAGUACUACGUUUUUACAAUUUACUUACUCUUCUAGCCUGAGACCCAAGUCCUUUCAGACAACUGUCAUCUGUUCUUGCAUGCGUGUCACAGAAUGAUUCCCUAAAAGCUUUCUAUUGAUAUAAAUUGCCUGGGUUAUCCCACUCCCUAACAGCUUAUGGAGCCCUGCUGGUGUACUGAAUAAUGAUUUAGCAGCUGGAUGGAAGACUUCUGUCCCUGGUGUUGAGAAAAGGACAUUCCUAGUUGCCGUAGGGAGAACAUGUACCACCUUCUCCUCCCCUGUUCUCAUUUUAAAAACAAUGGGUCAUUUUUAUGUCUAUAAAUUCCAUGGAGUGCUGCUGUAGAUUCUGCUUUUGGUAAUGACGGAAGAUGGCUGCUCAGGUCUCGUGCACAGAGCCGGGGACUCAGCCAGUUGGUUCUCAGGUUGUGCUUCGCUGUGUCUAAGCCGCGGGCCUUUGCAGUAUAAGUUCUCUCCAGCUCACUCAUGCAGGUUCGAGCUGCAGCUGGUUGCGAACCCGUGCAAUCUGCUGAAUAGCCACGUCUGGCAGAAGACCUCGGAAGGCAGAAACUCUGUGCUGCAACUGAGGACGUGCCAGCAAGCAGAGCUCUUCUGACAUUUGACUGUGUAUGCACUGUAUGACACAAAGUGUAAGGAUAGCACAGAACUGAGGUCUGGUAAAUGUGUUUACCAAAAAUCAGAUUGUUUCAUAGUGGGCAGUGUUCCAACAAGUAUUAGCAUGAUUUCUUUGGAAGUCCUUUGAUUGAAGGCUUGAUUUCUUUUGAACAACCACUGAUGGCUGCUAUUACAGCAACAGAUCAGCGCAAAAGACUCCAAGUACUUUUUUAAAGGAGAAGAACUCUCUGAAGAUUGUAUAUGGCCACAUGUGCAGCUGGCUAUAUAGAUGAGUGCAUAUACUUAGGUCUAGAGAAAAUCCAUUUGUCUGGAUUCCAGCUGAUGAAUGACUCCAUUUUUUUCAACAUGGCUCCAGCAGAGCUUCAUCUUGGCACCAUAAUCUUUUCCUUACAGAAAACCCCCGUCGUUCACUGUAGACAGCACUGUGGUGUCUUGGGAGGGAGAGGAGAGGCUUGUCUCAGUGCUGCACAAUCCCGCCUCAGAUUUGCUGCUUAUUUGGGUCAUUUCUCAAAGUAAUAGUCAAUAUAAGAUAUGAAAGAUAAAGGUACAAGUUACCCUUGUGCAGUACAUGUGAAAGCAAACAAACUUCUGGGAAGAACUUUGCAACUGGUUUAAAAUAGUUUAAAAUAGAAAAGGCAUUUGUCUGUAUAGUAGAGAACCAUUGUCUUUGAAAAUAUAGUCUUGUUUCAUGAUAACACAAUAAAAAGGUGUAGUUUCAUCUUGUCAUCUUGAAGACUUUGAUGCAUUUUCUCUGUCAGUUGACCAAAGUCCAUAAGUAUUCUAGCCAGAUUUUUCCUCAAAAAAGUAAGUACAUUUUGUGUUUUUAAGAGAUGCCGAAAGUGAUGCUUCUUGAAAUAUUUAAAUGGCCUAAAAGUGUAAAUCACAUUUAUAUGAACAACUUGAAAUUUAGGAACCUAAAUGGUGUAGUCAGCGUGAGAUUUCCCUCCCCUGCUGUGGUGAGACAAUGGGGAAGAGGGAGAGCCGUUCAGACUUCACACGCCUUUAAUCUGCUGCUGAAAGUGAGAUCAUGACUUUUUUCUUCUGGGAAAUAGACUGAGACCACAAGCUCAUUCCAUUUUGUAUAAAUCACCAAAUUAUUAUAUAGUAACAACUUUUGGUCUCUCUAAUGGGAAUUUGCUUUUAGGCAAUGUCUUAACACUACAAAGUAUCAUAUCUCCUUGCUAAUAUUUUAUUUUCCCCUUAAUUUCAUGCAAAUUUGAUAUAGAAAAGUGCAGUCUGCAGCAAACAUGUUUUCUU